AUGCUCGCAGCAAUCUCCAUCCCCACACUACUGCUUCUGGCUAGCGUUGCCGUGGCUCAAGAAGAGACACCCUCAGUCGCAACCUCGCCAUUCGUCAGUCCCACACCUGAGUCGGAGGCAAUCUUCACCAUCCAAACCUCUGUUGAUCCUGAUCCGUGGUCAUGUUAUAUGGACUGCGUUCAACCUCCAUGCCCGCCAUGCACCGGUAGCAUGAUGAGCAUCCCGCCUGUUACGGAAACAGAUUCUGUUGGUCCUGUUCCCCUUCCUAGCCCAACGGACGUGUCAAUACCACCCGUCACAGAGUCUGUCGUCACAACCCCUGUUCCCUUCCCCAGCGCAACGGACGUGUCGAUUCCCCCUCAAGAGACGUUCAUCUCCAGCGGUGUCAUGUCAAUUCCGGCUGGCGAGACACCCCUGUCUACUGGCUCUCUUGAUACACCCGUAACUAGCCCUUCCUCGAGCGGCAGCUCAGGCGCGAGCGCAACUAGCUCUGGUCUACCAGAGCAAACGACCAACGCUGCCGCGCCCUUGGCCAAGGGCCAUGAGUUGCCAAUUGUGGCCGCUAUUGCUGGCGCUUUGGCUUUUCUGUGA